ACCGGAUUUCAUGUCAGGGGCCACACUGCGCGCGAGCUGCUCGGCGGGAGGAGGAGGAUGACCAUGAACGGCAAGCAGCACUUCUCGAUGCACGCGGCGCUGCACGAGCCCAAGUACCCCGGCCUGCUGCACGCGGGCGGCGCGGAGGGCAUGCGCAGAGGCUGUCUGCCCGGCCCGCAGCUGCAGGCCAAUCUCUUCGGAGGCUUUGAUGAGAGCCUGCUGGCGCGCGCGGAGGCUCUGGCGGCGGCGGACAGCAUCGCGUCUCACGGCAAGAGCCUCCCGUUCAAACCGGACGUGACGUACCAUACCAUGAGCAGCGUGCCCUCCGCCUCCUCUUCCUCUUCGUCCUCCGCCGCCGCCGUGCCCAUCUCCCACGUGUCCUCCUCCGCCAUCGCGUCCCACCACCACCACCUCCACCACCACCACCUCGGGCAGAGCCUGGAGGCCGCGGACCUGCUGGACCACCUCUCCACCAGCCUGUCCAUGACCGGGAUGGGCUCUCCGGAGCCGCCUCCCGGUCACCACCACCACCACCAGCAGCAGCAGCAGCACCCUCACCACCACCUGCAGACCAUGGGGCAGCUGCACCAGGCGAUGGCCAACAUGGCCCACCCGCACUCCCUGUCCGUGCACGGCGGCAUGGCGUGCAGCGUCCCCGACGUGGAGUCGGAUCCCCGGGAGCUGGAGGCGUUCGCGGAGCGCUUCAAGCAGCGGAGGAUCAAACUCGGCGUGACGCAGGCGGACGUCGGGUCGGCGCUGGCCAACCUCAAGAUCCCCGGCGUGGGCUCCUUGAGCCAGAGCACCAUCUGCAGGUUCGAGUCCCUGACGCUGUCCCACAACAACAUGAUCGCGCUGAAGCCGGUGCUGCAGGCCUGGCUGGAGGAGGCGGAGGCCGCGCACCGGGAGAAGAGCGCCAAGCCGGACCCGUUCAACGGGAGCGAGAGGAAGCGGAAGCGCACGUCCAUCGCCGCGCCGGAGAAGCGCUCCCUGGAGGCCUACUUCGCCAUCCAGCCUCGGCCUUCCUCGGAGAAGAUCGCGGCCAUCGCCGAGAAGCUGGACCUGAAGAAGAACGUGGUCCGGGUGUGGUUCUGCAACCAGCGGCAGAAACAGAAACGAAUGAAGUACUCCGCGGUGCACUGAGGCUCACGCACGCGCGCGCGUCACCGACACAAAAGCCUUCUACAUUGUUGAGCAUCGAGGUGAUCGAUAAACUGACAGGGAUCCAUCAGCUGAUCUUCACGUCUGGGAUUAUCCGAAAAAAGACUGACCCUUUUUUUUGUGUUUUAGUUUUUUCAUUUCGUGUCACUCACUUUUUUUCCAUUCUUCGAUUUAAUUAUGAAUAUAUAUAUAUAUAUAUAUUUAUAUUAAAAUAUAUAUAUAUCUAUAAAUAUCUAUCUAUUUAUAUAUAUUUAUGUAUUUAUUACUGCGUUAUAGAUCUGUGAGCAGGGUGAUUUUAAUGUUGUUGAUCUUGUCUCGCGCACACUAAAUAUGAAAUAUAUAUAUUUAUAUUAAUAUAUAUUUCAGCAAAUUUGUCACAUUCAGGGAUAUAAACUCACGUUCUUCUUUUUAAAUAAUAAUAAUAAUGAAAUGGAGAUGAGAGGAUGUGUGGCCGGUUUAUUUGUCAGUUGUGUACAACUGACGCUGUGUGAAGAUUUUAGGAGAUGAAGAUGAUGAUAAUAAUCUUUUGUAAUGUUGGUUGAUCCUCACGUCACUGGCUCACACGUCUUGAACUGUGUUCUCACGUAUUGUUGACAAAUGUGAGAUGAAGAUGAAGGGUUAAAAGAAAAUCACGAUUUUUAAAUUUUAUUUUUAAACUAAUCUUUCUGAUGGUCAUUUACACACAAAUAAGAAUAUUUAUAUUAAUGUAAAUUCACGACACACUGAGUCUGUUUAUCUUGAAUUAUUUAGAAAUGGAAAUGACACCUUCAUGAGGCACACACAUAUAUUAUAUAUAUACAUAUAUUAUAUAUAUAUAUAUUUGUAUAUAUAUAUAUAUAUUUAUAUACAUAUAUAGCUUUGGUUGCUGCUAUAUUUUAGU